GCUGGGCGUGCGGGCGGGCGGGGCCGCCGGCGCCAUAUGGGAGACAAGGGGCUACGCGCACUCAGUCGACCGUUGACGGGCGUCGAGGCAAAAUGGAGGGCCAUCGGGAUGAAGCUGGCGAACAGCUGCAGAGCUGGAAGAACACCCGGGCUGACCUGAAUGUCGAUACUUUGACCACUGGAGCAGGCCAUCCUGUUGGAGACAAGUUAAAUGUCCUUACUGCAGGACCAAGAGGGCCACAACUCAUACAGGAUUCAGUGUUUAUUGAUGAAAUGGCACACUUUGAUCGAGAGAGGAUCCCUGAGCGUGUUGUACAUGCAAAGGGAGCAGGUGCGUUUGGUUAUUUUGAGGUGACUCAUGACAUUACAAAAUACUGCAAGGCCAAAGUAUUUCAGCAUGUGGGAAAAAGAACAUCUGCAUCUGUCCGCUUCUCAUCUGUAGGGGGUGAAUCCGGUUCUGCAGACACUGUUCGUGACCCUCGUGGAUUUGCUUGCAAAUUUUACACUGAGGAUGGAAUUUGGGAUUUGGUUGGUAACAACACGCCUAUAUUCUUCAUCCGGGAUCCUUUCUUGUUUCCAUCAUUCAUUCAUACCCAGAAGAGGAAUCCCCAAACUCAUCUCAAGGAUGCAGAUAUGACCUGGGACUUUUUCUCACUUCGUCCAGAGACGCUCCAUCAGCUCAGUUUUCUGUUUAGUGACCGUGGAAUUCCUGAUGGGCAUCGUCAUAUGAAUGGAUAUGGAUCACACACAUUCAAGCUGGUCAAUGACAAGCAAGAAGCUGUAUAUUGCAAGUUCCAUUUGAAGACAAAUCAAGGCAUUAAAAAUCUUUCUGGGGAAGCAGCUAAUUGUCUGGCUUCUGAUGACCCUGACUAUUCUAUUCGAGACCUUUACAAUGCCAUAGCAACUGGAAAUCCCCCAUCUUGGUCCAUGUAUAUCCAAGUCAUGAGCUUUCAAGAAGCGAGAGUACAUCGAUGGAAUCCCUUUGAUGUGACAAAGAUUUGGCCUCACAAGGAGUUCCCACUAAUCCCUGUGGGGCAGCUUGUCCUCAACAAGAACCCUGUCAACUAUUUUGCAGAUGUGGAACAAAUUGCCUUUGAUCCCAGUAACAUGCCCCCAGGCAUUGAACCUAGUCCUGACAAGAUGCUUCAGGGUCGCUUGUUUUCUUACCCUGAUACCCAUAGGCACCGCCUGGGUGCCAAUUAUCUUCAGCUGCCUGUGAACUGCCCAUUUAAGUGUCGUGUGGCUAACUAUCAAAGGGAUGGACCAAUGUGCUCAACUGAUAACCAGGGUGGAGCUCCAAAUUAUUAUCCAAAUAGUUUCAGUGCCCCUGAAACUCAGCCUCAGGCCAUUGAGCACUCUCUGGCUGUAACAAAUGAUGUUGCUCGGUAUUGCUCAAAUGAGGAUGAUUUUUGCCAAGUAACGUCAUUUUAUGUGAGUGUACUAAAUGCAGACGAGCGCCGGAGACUGUGUGAGAAUGUUGCAGGGAGUCUCAAGGAUGCUCAGCAUUUCAUUCAGAGAAGAAUGGUGGAUCUGUUAACCAAAGUGCAUGUUGAAUUUGGUGCACAAGUUUCCUCAUUCCUGGAGAAGCACAAUGCUGCAAAUCCUCAGAAGGCGAUGAUCAAAACCUAUUCUCGUCAUACUUCUGAUUGUGCUGCAACUUCUGAGAAGUCUAAUCUGUGAUAAGUUGAAUUGAAUGUGCAUUGCCACUUUUUCUGCAUUCUUCCUGAUGCAAAAACGUCCAGACUCAAAUCAGCUGCAACUGUUAACUGAUUAUACUGAUUAGCUCAAGUUCAAAUCUGUUCAUAACUGAAGAAUUUUCCUGAAUUGUUUGUUUGAGAAAAAAAUCCGAUGGCUGCUUGUAUUUGAAACCAAUCAUAUGUUCCCUUCUUUCCUGCUCUACAGUUUUCCCCAUUUGCAACAGCAGUUCCUUACCGGCCUCCUAUUUAAGUUGUAUGGUUCUAAAGAUAAAACUUGUCAAAAUUUAGUUAAAUGCUGCCUUGUUGAUUUGGGGUAUGAUGAUGUUAAAGUUUCAUAACAAGCAGUUGUCAUUGAGCCAGCUCUUCUAUAAUUCUGCUGAAUGCCUACAGUGAUUAUUGAAGAUUGUUCUCCUUUAAUGUUAACAUUUAUACUUUGCACACAUGUUAAGAUUUCUACAUCUAACUUCAAUUCAUAGCUUUUGUGCCUUUGUUCUUGCAUUGACAUACUGCAAGUAAUCAUGCUGCACAAAUGCAGCACUUUAAGUCAUUGGACUAUAAUGAUUUUAAUAACAUGGAAAGUGGGCUGUUGGAGAAAGGAAGUUCAAAUUGAGCACUUAAUCUGUUUUGCUAAUAUCAUAAAUACUUCCAACUCAAUCUGUCAGUGAGAGUUGAGUUUUCAAGUCUCGUCUGAAUGACUUAAGUACAACAACUAUUCAUUCCACGCACUAUAUAUUUUUUGAUAUAACAUCUUUGCUGGCUUUAAUUUUCCUUUGGCUUCACAAUAGUCAUUUGACAUUUCAAUUUGAUCAUUUUUGUUACAUGUUCUUGACUAAUUUGAAUUGGAUUCUUUUUGACUUGUUGAUGUUUAAUUUCCAAUUAAAGUGAUCAAUGCUGAA